CUGGUAUAGGAAGAGGAGUAAAUGCGAAAGGUAUAACUGAUCAAACAUUGCCUUCAGCAAUAGAAGCAGCAAAAUAGUUCUUCUGAUAGUACAUCGGGGAGAGACAGAACCAUUGGGUGAUGCCAGUGCAGAGGAAUCGAGCGAGAUAAUCAAGACCAUGCCAUAACUACUUGAUUGAACUCCAUUAUAUUGGCCAUGGAUUGAUAUGAGAGUUGAAAUCUUCUACUUGCCCAGCUUAAAUCCCCAAGAAUAAAACUGCAGUGCCAAAAGAUACCGGAAUGUUGGUUUUCAAAUGCUCCUUAUACUGGGAAGUGAAAGCACGCAAACUAUUGCACGAUGGAGGGAAUUUCGGAGAAAAUUAGAAAGAGAUAAGAACAAAGAUAAAAACAGGCACAAAAUUUAAAUUUAUAUUGAAAAAUGCAAGGACACAACACAUAGUAAAGGAAAUAGUUUCUUCCAUGUUAGCCAAUUACCAAUUUACCUUUAGCGAAAAUAAAAGAGAGAGCAUGAAUUCUAAAAUUGAUAAAAUUAAAUGAAACUGUACUAUGAAAAUUGAAGUAUUAAGCACCAUGAAAAUACAUAUAGUAGACUUAGUGCACUUGUUAAUCAUGAUGGAAAAGUUCUCUGCUUUUCACAGUUUAAAUACAUGUAUGUUUUGUAUUAAAAAAGGAACAAUAAAUACAUUUAGUAUAAUUGGUUAUGAUUGCUAUCUUCGUCUGAAGAGACCCGGGUUCGAGUCUUGAUAUUGAUAUUUUUAUGAAAUAAAUAAUUAAUUGUAAAGACAAAAUUGUCCUUCCUAUUUUCACUCUCAUUGCAGGAAAUUUGAAAUGGAGAAAAGUUUACAAAACUCUACUAUAUAUUAAUGGAGGAUUUUGAGACAAAUGAUUUUAUUUGUGCUUGAACUUGGAGUGCAUAUAGAGGUGGGCAAUGAUCUGAUUCACACCGGACCGAAUCGUACCCAAUUGGUAGUUGGACUGAGUUCUAUCGAAUAUGUUUCGAUUUGGUUCUUAUGAAUUAUUUUAAAUAUGAAAAAAGAAGCCAAAUUGAUUUUGCACCGGACAUGAUUGAAUUAUAAAUUAACAAAAAAAUGUCAGAUGAUGGCUCUUAUUUUUUUUUUAUAAUUUUUGGUCUGAUCUUAUCUCAAUUUGAUCCGGUUCUUGACCGAAUCGACCGAUGUCCACCAUUAUUUUAUAUUCUCGUAUUUGUAUUGUUUUUUCUCUAAGAUAAAUAUUUAGUGGGAGAUACUUAUGAAAUCUCUAAGUUUUUAUGUGGCUAUAAUAUCUUUUUAAAAUUAUGGUAUUUUAUUAUUAUAUCCACCAAAAAAUUUCAAUAAAACUUCAGCACAAGAAAAAUGCUAACAUUAAAUCAGACAAAAUAUGAAAAUGAAAGCUUCUUUGUUUAUUUGUAUCCUCAAAAUGCCUGCUAGUUCGGACAAAGGAAAGGCCAUUCCACUUUCCUCCGACGAAAGGCCGACGGCUAUCUGCUGCAUAACGGCACAACCAAGCAACCGCUAUUUCCCCCGGCGGCAAUGAUUCUCUCAACCUGCGCCUCAUCAUCUACCUCUCCUUUCCAACAGCCAGAGCUGUUAGCACUUCAAGUUCACCCAAUUCGGUCCCCCGACUUCCCCUCUAAUCUCAUUUCAAAAACAAGAAGAAACCGCCCAGCAGAAUCAGAUACCGGGAAUCUCCCUCGCUUCUCUUGCAAAUACGGGUUUGGCGCCGAUUCCGGCAGUUGGGUACCUGAAGUUCGUAGCAGGGGAGAAGCUGAUGCCCCGGGUUUCUGCUUCACGCAACCCGCGAAUCAGUUCGUGAACUCUGUUCUGCUCGGACUUUGGCUUCAAUCAUGUCGUACAGUCGAAGAAGUCAAGACGGUACACGCUGUUUCCUUCAGAUGCUCGAGGAGUUCCUUCGUGUACGUAAACAACAAUUUGAUAACCGCCUACGCGAAAUUGGGCGGGCUGGACCAUGCGCGCCAGACGUUCGAUGAAAUGCCGCAGAGGAACGUAGUUAGCUGGACGGCAAUGAUUGAUGGGUACGUCAAUGCCGGUUUGGACGACGAAGCAUUGGGUUUGCUGAUCGAGUGCAUAGAGAAUGGAACCAGAGCCAACGGCAAGACCUUCGUUUGUGGGUUGAAUCUGUGCAGCCGGAGGUUGGAUUUCGAUCUGGGUAGGCAAGUUCAUGCUAGCAUCUUGAAGGGCAAUUGGAGGAACUUGAUCGUGGAUAGCGCCAUUGUCCAUUUCUAUGCCAAAUUGGGUGACAUGGAUUCUGCUUUUGCCGCAUUCGAGGGGAUGGUGGAUCGAGAUGUGGUCUGUUGGACGACGAUGAUUGCAGCUUGCUCGCAGCGAGGGCAUGGAACGGAGGCUUUCGUGCUGCUGUCGCGAAUGCUGAAGAGCGGAUUGUCGCCCAACGAGUUCACUGUAUGUAGUGUUCUAAAGGCUUGUGGGGAGGAAAGAACACUGAAGCUCGGGAGGCAGUUACACGGUGCCAUCGUGAAGAAAAUGUGGCAGGACGACGUCUACACAGGAUCGUCCCUGGUCGAUAUGUAUGCAAAAUGUGGGGAGAUUUUGGAUUCCAGUAAAGUAUUCAGCGCAAUGAGGAGGAAGAACACGGUUAGUUGGACCGCCAUCAUUGCUGGGUAUGCGAGGGAAGGGCUCGGCGAGGAAGCCAUAAGCCUGUUUCGACUGAUGCAGAGGCGCAAUGUAGGUACAAACAACCUAACCACUGUCAGCAUUCUCAAAGCCUGCGGUUCGAUUGGUGCCUUGAUGACAGGGAAAGAAGUUCAUGCCCGAAUCAUCAAGGACUCGUUCCAAUCGAACGAGUACAUCGGAAGCAGCCUAGUGUGGUUCUACUGCAGGUGUGGCGACUGGCACGCUGCGUCGAAGGUCUUCCAGCAAAUGUCCCUCCACAGCGUUGUUUCCUGGACCGCCAUGAUCUCAGGUUUCGCCGAUUUGGGCCACGAGGCCGAGGCUCUGGAGCUGCUGAAGGAGAUGAUGGAGGAAGGCGUGGAGCCGAAUUCGUUCACUUACUCGUCGGCCCUGAAGGCAUGUGCGGGGCUGGAAGCUGUUCUGCAGGGCAGAUCGAUACAUUCUUUUGCCAACAAGAGCCAGGGGAUGCAUAACGUGUAUGUUGCUACGGCUUUGGUUCAUAUGUAUGCCAAGUGUGGGUACUUGCCGGACGCGAUUCAGGUGUUCGAUGGAAUGCCCGAGCGGAAUCUGGUCUCGUGGAAGUCGAUGAUCACGGGUUAUACUGAGAACGGGCUCUUCGAACAGGCGCUGAGGCUCAUGUACAGGAUGGAGGAGGAAGGUCUCGAUGUGGAUGGUUAUGUUUCUGCAAAUGUGUUUGGUGCACUUGGAGAGCAAAGAAAUGUGGGCAAGAGAAAGUGGGAUUAAAGGGCCGGCCAUUCCCAAAGAAAAUACUUCUCAUUUU